GCCACGCGCAGCCGCUCGGAUACAGCGGCGCUGAGGCGCUCUGAGGCAGAGAGCCAGACUACCGACUUUGGAUAGUAGUUCUGUUGAAGUGGGAGGACCUAUGAAGAAAAUGAUAUGUAGGCCACAUGGGAUCAGGAGGGAAGGAACAAUGAAAAUUUAAGAGGAAGAAGAUACUCAAGUUUACGCUGUUUGGAAAAAUGAAGAAAAAGGGGAAUGUGGGUGUGAUGAAGCAGAGUAAGUCAGCUAGUGACAUUACACGAGGAAUUCUGGACCUAAAAGAUGACUUUCGCUGUUUCCAGAGCAGGCUGGGAACCAGGUCAUUGUCACAUGACAGUAUCUUUCUGUCAGAAAACCGUCAAUCAGACCCUGAGCCACCAAGGGUUCUUUCCCAGGAGAAUGGCCAUAGAAAAAUCCAAGCACUCCAAAUGAAGCUACAGACACAAAAGAUGCAUCUUGGCCCACCACCUCUGGUGUUGCCUAUUAAACAAACUGAAGACCAUCAACACCCCACUGAAGUCCUGACAUUGGCCAAAAACCUGCCACACAAGUCCCACCUGAAGUCUUCAUCACAAGGAGUUUUACCCCAUCCAAUCAGCCCUACACUGCCACGAUUAUAUUCCUCUGCACCUUUACCUGGGGUAGAUUUCAGCACCCUUCCCCAGUUUAUCCCCUGCCUAGACAACUCUGCUGCCCGCCAUCGGAUGUCCAUUAAACCUCGGAAUCAGAGAGCCAGCACUAAGAGCAGAAGAAUGCCCACCUCAAAUGGAAGCAGACCUCGCUCAGAGAGUAUGAUCAUCCUGGAGCGGCCUCUAACUGAAAGUAAAGAAGAGGACGGGAUAGCUGUCACCAAGGACAUGACCCGUGUUCGCUCCUACUCCUCGCAGAUCAUUAGGCCAGGGAAGGGCCUAACCGCUACUCCAAUCAAAAGCCCGUGUCCCACUUCACCACUAAAAUUACUGGUGGGAGCUAAUGAUGAUUAUCACCCACGUGCUGUGAGUCAAUGUAAAGGAAAGGAUGAGCCUGCUGUGAGCACCACUGCAGAUAAAGGAACUAAGCAGAUACUGAAAUCGGCAGAAGGCAUGGUUGCUAAACGUCCUAGGUCAGCUGGGCCAAUCAGUCAUAAAGGGAGUGGAGACCAUAAAGAGAGUCUCUAUAGCUCCAAACUUAAGGGUGUUGAAGGCAAUGCUGUGCCGAAUGUAUGCUCUGUAUAUACUACGAGUCCCAUUUCGUUAGGUACUGAGCAGUCUCAGCCUAAAACUGAAAAGGUAUUUAAUACAAUAACGACUCAUUUUAAGGGAAAUACAUUGAACAGGAACAGGGUCCAAGAUACAAUGCAGGAAAAUUAUCUUCAAGGCCAGCCACUGAAACCCCUUUCAAUGCACAGAAAUACAUCACCCUUAGAUGACAAAUUUGAGGUCAGAAAUGUACACCAAAUCUCUUCAGUGCCACUUUCCAGUGAGGAGGGCUGCCUACAAGAGGCCAUAACCCAACAACGGUCUCUAAGCUUUUCUGUCUCCUCAGAUGAAAGUCACGAGAGGCAGAGAACUGGAAGCUUCACUGGACACUUCACUGGACAGAUGGAGCAAGCAGGAGGAAAGAGAGAGCAUGUCUUCCCAUUCAUAAAACUUUCACCAAACCUCAAAACACAGGAUCUACACAAGAAUGCACAAGUAAAGGCAACAGGGAAGGAUCCAUCACAGACAGGUGCUACCAGCACUCCAGCAGUUUCAACCAAACCUAGAGAUCUGACAAUAACUGUGACUGCUGGCCAAGAAAGAGGGGAGAGUCCAGCAAAUAAACCCCGAGACAUGGCAGUGGAGACUCAGGAGGGAGUUGAAGAGGCAGAUGAGGCAAAUAAGGAGCUGAAAAUGAACAAGGUCAGUAAGGAGAAGAAAGAGGAAAGCAGUGCUUCUGAAGUGAAGCUGCAUACCACGUCUCAAUCAGAGGUCACUGUCAAACAGCAUAACACUGAGGUCAGGAGUCUGAGCACACGUUGGCUGCCAGAAUCUUCUACUCCUAUAGCUGUAGUCCAGAAUGACAGCAAGGUGGGGCCUGGAAGAGAAACUUGCACAGUUCUCAGAAGUCCUCCACUCUAUAACACUGAGCUCUUUACCUCUGCUGAGUCUCCGGUAUUCUCCAGUAUUCGAUCUGAGAGUGCCAGAAGGGACCAAGAGAGAGCUGGACUAAUUAGAUUUCCUGAUUUGCAGGCUUCAGCUCAAUCGCCACGGUCACCUAUUAACAUCACUAUGAGUACGCCAGUGUGUGUGAUGGAGAAAAGUCCUCUACAAACAAGUACAUAUGAGUCAAGAGAGGCUUCCACUGAGCUAUCCUGGAUGACAAUGGCCCGAGAAAAGACCAGAAGCCUCCAGCAACUCUUUACAAACACACUGAAUGACCUUGCCGGCCUGCAGACAGCCACACGACCAGCUGCAUCUCCACUAACCCAGAUAUCUUCACAGCCCAGUGCAGGAUCUAUGAGGCCCAAACAACAAACAUCAUCUGCACAGCCCUCUGUCAGUCCAUUAGAGACUCAACUACCGACUGUACAUGCUUCUGUUAGGGCAACACAUCCAACUCAACCACCAACUCAGAAGUCUUCCAUCAGCCUGGCACAGCUAUCUGUAGAUCAGUCAGGAGGAGUAGAUUUCUCCUUAAAACAAACUCUUUACCCAACAAGUCAAGUACAAACAACACAUCUCGGUGCCAGACCAGGACAAAUGUCUACUCGCUCAGCUACAAAACCAGUGCAAUUGACAGGAACUUAUAUAUCACCUACCCAAUUCAAUUCUCAGAUAAUGCAUGCAGCAGAGCAGCAAUUAUCCCAGAUGUCAAUACAUCAGGCCCAUCCAAUCCAGCAGUCUCUACCACAAAGUGUGACAAAACCUCAAUCACCACAAUCCCUUCAUCUAUCGUUGAGCCCAAAGCUGACACCCCAUCAGCCUGAUCAUCAAUCACCCUCACCAGUUUCACAGCCCAGGCCACUUGGGGAAAACUUGUCCUCUUUGCCUUUAGGGAAUGUGGACUGGACCUCCAUGCCCCGGGGAAAAAGCCCAGCAGAAAGCCAAGCUCAGUAUGCAGGAGGCAUGGGGAGCAGGGCUUUAUUUAGCGAGCAAUCGCACCACCAAAAACCUGAUGCAGUCAAGGUAGUGGGCCAGAAAUCUACACCAGACUCCCGAACCUAUCAGUCUUUGGAUGAAUUUCUAACCAUUUCCAGUCAUCGCAAGUUCACAGAAUUAGCAGUUUCCCCUGGUCCCAUGAGGCUAGACCACGAGGUCAAAUAUCAGAAGAAAACAUUACCACCACCAUCACCUUCUUCAUCAUCAUGUCUUCAGUCAAACAGUGAUAGUAGACAACCUUCCUGGCUGGAGCUGGCAAAGAGGAAAUCCAUGGCAUGGAGUGACAAGACUAUGGACUAAAUUAGAUAUGAGAGCAUACUAAAUUAUAAAAUUUCAGGAAGGACUGAGAAGACAGAAUAUCUGAUCUAUCAAGUUUGUGUGUUUGUGUGGGUGAGCAGAUGAAAAAGCUGUGGAAGGAGAAAGAAAAAAACAGAAAGUACAGGAAGAAGAAAAAAGGUCUUGCAACUCCCACAAACACACAGUUACACAAUUUUUUCGUAUACCCUUGGUUAUGUUGUUCUCAGGUUUAUCACAUUGUUGUUUUAUUAAGGAAUUAUAAUAUAAUAUAUAAAAAUAUAAAUUUUUAAUCCAUUUAUAAAUUAUACUUUUUGCUUGACUAAAUGUGACCAAUUUUAAUUAUAAGUUAAUGUUUGGAAUUACAGAAUUAAAUGCAUAUUAGAAGAGGUAGAAUUAUGGUAAGUUUGUCUUUGAACCAUUAAAGUAUGUGUAUAAAAAUGAAAUAUAACAGUUAUACAAGACAGUUAUGAACAAUUAAACUUCAUUUUGAAAAGGAUUUUGCAAUGAACUGGUUUAACUGGUUUGAGGGAAAUUACACUUCCAUAAUUAUUAGUCAGAAUACUGUAUUUCUGCAAAGUUCAGUUAGUAAG